GCCACCGUUUCAUAUUCCGUGACGUUGAAGCCAGUUGUGGUGACGGACACUGUCCAGUUUUUGUGACUGACUUCGUGGGGAGGCCCUGUAUGCGUCUGGAGCUAGUCGGCUGUAACCCAGAAGUUUUGUGUCAGCCUAAUGUUUGCCAUAACGGUGGUUACUGCAUUGGGACAAAUGUCUGCAAAUGUAAAGAUAAUUACUACGGGAUACAGUGUCAGUUAAAAAAAUCAGAAAUUCCCAAUUACAACUAUAAGGUUAUUGAAAUGAUUAAGGACAUUAUUACAACAACACAUCUAAAUCUGACAAUCCAAGGCACGGUGAACGUCAACACACAGCAGUCAGAGACAUUCCUUAUUUUGAGCAAUCAGGGCUAUGUGGAAAUACCUCAGACUGAUCCCUGUGUCCAGGACCUCGACAACUGCAACACAGGCUUCACAUACAGCUUCAACAUCAACCUCCGUACUGUAACCAAGGAGAUGCCGAUCCUGGGAACUGGGAACGGCGCCACUGGUGUUUACAUGUCGUAUACAAACGGUAGUUUCAUCUGCUCCGUGGGGACAUCAAAAGGGGUGUGGACAAUCAGUGUAAGGCAUCACUUAACACUUGAAACCUGGUACAAGAUUGAUCUCUCUUGGAGCAGCUUCCAUGGUCUACAUCUUCAUGUGGAUGGAGUUGACAUUGGAGGAAGUGUUGCUACAGUUGGCAAAUCGCCCACUUUCGCCAAGCAUCUCCUAUGGAUAGGCAACGGGUACACGACUGUGCCUACCACUGCGACAUUCAUAUACUGGAUUAAACAGAUCCAUAUCUUCUUCAGCGUCCGCCAAGAUCUGAUCAGAGCUGGAUUGUUAGAGGAAAAGAAUCCCACUCCAACACCAGUCAUACCACCCGCUACGACCGCCAAACCAGAACCUUCGUCUUGCAACGCCUCAUUCACUGACAUAACGUUCACUAGAAUCAAUGGUACUGACCUCGUGACGUCGCUGAGUACAAUGAAGGUUCAUGGAGACGCCCGUCUUGAGCAGUCAAAGGAAGGAACUCUUUUAGUUUUGGAUGGGCCAGGACAAUACAUUGAUAUGUUGAAGACGGGGGUACCCUGUCUUGAUGACCUCACAACAUGUUCCUCAAGUUUUAACUUCAGAUUGACUUUCCAGUUCAUUAAGAUAGAUAGACAACCUAAUUACAUCAUAUCUAGCGGUGGGGAAGUUGUGGACUCCAGUGGCGUUGCGUUAUACUACUACAAUGGCAGACUCAGCUUUUGGGUUAAGAAUGGAAAAUCUGUUGGAAAAUCUAUAUUCUCAGUGAAUAUGAAACUUGCUACCUGGUACACUCUGGAUGCGUCGUGGGAUAAGACAAGUGAAGAGACAUCCGUGCACCUGAAUGGCAGAGCACUGAAGAAUACACCUUUGCCGAAAACUACUGCCCCCGAGACGACCAUGACACACUCUCUUCUCAUUGGCAAAUCAUGGGACAAGAAUCAAACAUCCCACAUAAAGCUCCUGCUUUUCAGAAUGUGGACAGAAAGUCUGAAAGAAUUGGCAGAAAACAACUGUACCGAAGAACUUUCAAUACCGGAUGUUACUCCAACGACAGGUCCAAUAGAAACCUGCAAUGGCAAGCCUGUUAGCUGGACAAAUAUGACCAUCGACAUGUCCUUCUUAAGUGUAACUGGACACCGCCUAACGACAAAGGACAUGGUCAUCAUAGCUCAUGGAAAUCCUACAGUUAUCAAGACAAACGAUAUGCUAUCCUUGGAUGUAAGUCAUCCUGGACAGUACGUGGAAAUUGAAACACGGUGCCUCCCUUGUUUCUCUGACCUUGUUCAUUGUACCGCCGGCUUUACUGUGCAGCUUGUGUCCACAUUCACCAACAUUGACACGACAGGGCGAAUGUAUAUCGUCUACAAUGGCCAAGACAAACCUGAAUAUACAGGCGUAAAUCUCUUUUAUGAACGUGGACAUUUGAAGGGGGUCGUUGCAUCCGGUCAGCAUAAAUGGCCCAUCAACAUACCAUACGAACUUGAGGUCAACGUCCCAUACACAUUCCACAUAAGUUGGUCCCAAACAUCUGGCUAUAAGUUGUAUGUGAAUGAACAUGUAACUCAACUGACACAGUCGCUACCAGCAUUCGUCAGUGCCACUAAAGUUCCUUCAUCAUUUUUGAUUGGUAAAGCUGCAAAUGUAAACAAGACCACUCCCAUGAUUAUCACCGACUUCAAGUUGUUCAACGCAACAAGGAUGGAGCUUGUUAAACUGGGAAUUCUCAAGCCUGCUCUGACAACUAUUUCUACAACGACUCUGUUCCCGCCUACUUCACCACCUCUACCUGAAUUCAUUUGGAGGUUUGAAAACGUGACGUCCAAGUACCUAACUUCCAGCUACCUCCAAUUAAUCAUCCAUGGCGGUGUUGAAGGUCACUCUUCAGGUUUGGUGUUCACGACAGACAGGCAAUACUUAGAGAUACAACAUCUGGCUAAGAGCUGCCUUACAGACAUUACAAAAUGCAGACAUGGGUUGACAAUAUCUGUAGAGAUGGUUUUUACAACGCUCAUCGAGAAUACGGUUGUCUUCACAACCGGUGGAGAGGCACCCGAUCUCCCUGGCGUCUCGAUGUUGUAUAGGUACGGCCAUUUCCAUGUGAUCGUCUCCUCCCCUGUCAAAGCAUGGUUUGUUUCCAUACCUAGAGAUCACAUCAAACUCGGUACCACACAUGUCAUUUACAUAUACUUUAAAGAGUCCCUCAAAGUCUACAUCAAUAGAGAACUUGUAGCAUCGACAAUGAAAUAUGUCAGCCACCCGGAUACGUCUGGUGAAAUGAAGAACGUAUUCUAUUUCGGAAAGUCCUUCACAACAGCAACAACAGGACAUCACCUUCAAUGUAUCCUCAAAGCCAUACACAUUUGGUACCAGGCCAUCGACCUUGCCUCACAGUUGACAAGCACCCCAGCAGUUACAUCCUCGCCAGGCAUCUGUCCUGUCGGCUGCAUCUCACUAGCAUCAACACCAAGACCAAAAACUACAUCACCGAAGAUGACGUUCCCUCCAACACAUCCGCCAGCAACGACAGCUACAACAACGACGACCACAAAGCCACGGACAACCCAAGACAUUGGUAUCCCGUCAUUUACUGUUGAUCUGACAGUAACACCAAUUGUUGACACGACCGGCACAUACCUAGCCUGUAGACUGUCCACCUACACAACUCGGAAUGUCCUGAUCCAGUUCCAGUGGGUCAUUGAUAGCGUGCCUCAGGUGAUGAAAGAAGUACAGACUCCUGUCACUGAGGGAAGACUCUACAUCACAGAGGUCAACAAUGUCAAGGAUAACCUGUAUGACAAAGAGAUAAUCUGCAAAGCCAGAGCCAAAUUCACGGCAGGAUGGCAGUGGACACAAUUUCUCACCUCCCAAACACCGUUCAUUCCCACUAUUACAUCUCUGACAUCAACGACGGCACACCUAACUGUAACAGAAGGACAGCAAGUCAGGCAAAUAGAGCUAAAAUCCAACUGUCCUCCUCAACUUUUCUGCAAGUUCACAGACAAAGGAAGCUGUAAGGUAGAGCUGGUCGCCAGUCUGGUGAAGCAUCCGUCAGAUCACAUGUGUACCCGGGAAGCCGUCCUCCCCCAGAUUGUCAUACAGUCGUCCGGGAACACCGCUGACGUGUGCGGCACGGGCAUGACGGCAUCAAACUGGAAGAAUAUAAUCCAGAUUCCAAUGAAAGCCACCAUUGAUGGAUUGUAUGAUCAUGACCAGACCCGGGAUAUAUUGGUCAAGCUAAAGACAACAGGGGCAUUCAAGGAGUCCAUGUAUAAGACGAUAGCCAAAUACACGGUGAAAGCUAAGGAUUCCGACAAGUCUGCCCAGUGUGCUUCCCUGAAUGACCCGCACAUCACCACGUUCGAUGGACUACACUACAACAACUUUCAACGUGGAGAAUUUGUAUUGUACAAGCAUAAAACGUUGCCGUAUGAGGUCCGAACAAGUUACCGAGUCUGCAGUUCUCACAACUCAAGGGGGCCUACUUGCAACUGCGCAGUUGCAAUCAAAUCUGGAGAUGACGUCAUAACGUUCACGGGAUGCCAUGGUUCUACCCGACAGACCUAUUUUGGUCGAUUCUUCCAUCAAACAACCAGCAUCACGGUGGAAAUGUACAAGAACGGCGACCUCACUCCCGGAACCACAGUCAGGAGAAUUGGGUGUGGUCGGAAAUAUGAAGUGCGUCUACCUACAGGCACCAUCGUGACUGUCCAGUCCAGCUAUCUGUCCUUCAUCAACAUCUGGGUCAGGCCAUCCGCCGUCGACUUCAGACAGUCCGAAGGUUUGUGUGGAAGCUUCACAGGCAGUAAGAAUGAUGAUCUGUACGGUGCUGACCACAAGACCUACACUGUCAAACAAACUCCCGAUGAAUUCUCCAGAACAUGGCUGGUAUCCGAGAGGAACACCAUGUUUCACGGUGUCGCGGCUGAAAAGACCACAACGGAAACGUUCUGUAGCUGUGUUGAAGGGAGGCAACUCUAUUGUGCACCUCGUCUCGAUAUUUUCAGAUGCACCUCUACGUCAUCUAGGGACGACAUUACCGCUACAUUAGUGCGACAGGCAAAGCUUCCGAGCGCUGCCUACCGACGGUUUAAGAGGGAAGCACCCAUGCAGGCAGAGUCCCUGGAAGAGGAUGCAGGUUUGAGCGCAUACACCGAACAGUCCGCCCGCUCGUAUUGUGAGGACUACAUUAACAAGCAGCCAGCAAAGCAGGCAUGUGAGGACUACGUCACUGUCUCUGAUGACCUCAUCACAGAUUGUGCACAGGAUCUGACGGAAACAGGUGACGAGGAUUGGGCACAGUCUCACUUGGACGACAUAGUAGCUAAGUGUAUUAGUGAGGCCGAGCGCAAUGUCAGUAUGUGGAAUGGGGCAGAAAACACCACUAUUUGGGAGAAUAUACCAAAGGACAUCAUGGAUAAGCUCUGUCCUGGGGGAUGUGCACAUGGCAACUGCUCGGAAGGGUCGUGUGUAUGCGAGGAGGGGUACACGGGACAGAACUGUUCAAUCAGUAAGGAUGUCACACCAGACAUAUUGCCAGUGAAUGAAGACGGUGGAGGUUGCAACGUCAACCACAUGGACUGUUCACAGAUUGCUAUCAUGGGACUAAACUUUGUCAACAGUGACACCCUCGGGUGCUUUUACCAGCCUAUAAAGGUGACAUCCCAUGUGGUUGAAACUGACCAGUGGAUACCGGCCCCGGCCACGUUCCUCAGCAUGUACCAGGUAGUCUGCAGCCUCCCUAGCCCCCAUAGCGCCAGGGUAGCGGUCAGCAACAACGGUCAGCAGCGCAGCAGCCAGAGCUAUCUCCAUGUUGUGUAUGAUGAUUGCCAUGCAUGUGAAGUCAACGAGAAGGGGACUGAUGCUUCGUGUAGUAGAGAGGCUGCCACGUGCCUCAUCAAUGGUGCCUGCUAUCAAGAUGGCGACAAGAAGCCCGGCGACCACUGUCAGCUGUGUGACCCACAUAUCAACACGGAGAACUGGACAACGGACACAGACCCGAUCUGUACAGCCACCAAGCUGUCAGGUACCAGUCAGAGCACAAAUGGCAUGAGCGUGUCCACCAUUGCACUUGCAGUCGUCGUCGCCGUCUGUGCUGUCGUAAUCAUCGCUGGAGUUGUAGCCAUAUGUAGGAAGAGGGGCACGGCACAGAGGAAGAAGGUCGUGGAGGAAGGGGAUUACAACUCUCCACAGUCUGGUCUGUCCAGCAGGCCACGCCCAAACCUCAGGGACAUCAGCUUCAGCAACAUGACAUACGACGGCUCUGCAGCGUCCCUAGCAUCACCCGAGAUGACAGAGACGCACUAAGCUGCAGGAGGAAGUGCUGAAUACCUGUAUGUAAAUACACAGAGACGUUUUAGGGGAAAUGUCACAGUUCAGCUAAUCUGUUGUGUUACUGUAAACUAAAGUAGGGAGGAGAAUAUUGAUUUGAAUUAAAAAAGCAUGGUGAAGAUAUCAUGUCUAUAUUGUCCAUAUCUACUCCGUGGUCUCAAGCAUAGAGACACACUUCAUUAACACUACAACGUCGGUGAUUACCCUCUUGUAAAACUUGUAAAGUCAUGACAGGCUUGUACAGCUCUGCCGUUUCCCAUAUUUUAGAAAUAGAUGAUUGGUGCAGAUGAAGUUAUCUACUACUACGUCAUGUUGGCAGUCAUUUCUCAAUGAUAGUAAUGAAUUACAAAACCAAGAGACAAGCUAAUGUGAUGUGAACGUAUAUACAUAUGUACAAUCAUUUGAUAUUAGAGGUUACUACGUGUAAUUGAACGAUCAUUACAUGAUGUGAGUAACUGCAGGUAGGAAACGAGCCAUUUUCCUGACUGAAUCACUAUAUGUGCUCGCACGUCGCAUGAUACUUUAGUAUUACCUCAUGAUUAUUUAUAUGAUAACUUUGUAUCUUAAAGUUGUUGAUUGUCCUUGCAAUAAACAAACAUUUGCACUUUCA